AUGAAUUUUGCAAAAUAUUCAAUGAAAGAAAUCAAUAAAUAAUUUUGGUCAAAACAAUCUAUUACAAAUAGUAGUAUGUUGGGAGGAUAUGAUUAAAUAAAUAAUGUUGAUAUUUAACAGUCUGAAUUGUUUUUACUUAAGAACAUUCAAUAAUUUAAUACACUCUUGGAAUUAGGUUCAGGAAUAGGUAGAAUAUCUGAAUAAUUAUUUAUCAAAUAUUUUAAGGAAGUAAGAUCUUUUGUUGAUUAUAGAUUCAUUUAGUUGAAAGGGAAGCCAAAUUUCUUAAUGAAUCUCGGAGAAGGCUCAGUAAAUUUAAUUGUUUAUAUUAUUAAAUGUCAGUAGAAGAAUUUGAACCUAAAACAAAUUAUGAUUGCGUAUGGAUUUAAUGGAUUAGUAUGUAUCUUACAGAUUCAGAUUUUUGUAAUAUGCUCUAAAAAUUUAAUAAGUCUCCUAUUAUUUUAAAGGAGAAUAUUUCAUCUUAAGAUUAUUAAUAUGAUGAAGAAGAUGCUUCAAUAACUAGAUCUGAGAGAAUAUAUGAGAAUUUAAUUAAAAAGAGUGGGUUCAAAAUUAUGGAUGAAUAAUUUUAAUAAGGAUUACCAAAUGAUAUUUAUAAGAUUAAGUUUUAUCUUUUAAAACAUCAAGAGUUAUGA